AUGAAUAUACAAAAGACAACAAAUUUCGAGGCACUUCAACCAGCUGGAGCUGAAUACGAACUCACUGAUGUGGAAAUUCAACAAUUAAAAGAACACAAUCAAAAACGUGUGAAACGAGUCGUCGGAUUCGUCGCAAUUGCAAUGACACUUCUCUCUUUGGCUCUGGUUGCGUUUUCAUUGGCACUCGGAAGAAAAAUUGAUUUAAUGGUCGAACAAAAAGUGGAACAACGAAUGGAAAUCUACACUGCACAUGGUAUAAACCUAACUGAAACGAGAAGUUAA